GCCUCGUAGAGGUUCAAGUGUCGAGGAGGCUCCGCGCGCCCCGUCCGCCCCCUUUUUUUUCCUCCCCCCGUCUGCUCUUGCUUUUCUCGCCCUUUUUGCGCACUUUUGACUGACGCCCGCCGUUUGAUUGUGUCUCCUCAAGCGCGCCUGUUGCAGGAGAACACGCACGGACGCACGGACGCACGGACGGACGGACGGACCACGCGCACAAGCACUCGAGGGGGAGCGUUUAACCUCCACACUCCCCCCCCGCACCGAGGCGGCGGCCAAGCCGAGCGAGGGCUCAGCCAGGCGCCGGGGAAGGAAGAGAGGAACAUCCCCGGUUCCCCCGCAACCUCUUUUUUGUCGAGCCCGCACGCGCUCCAUCGAUGCGGGAGCCCUGAGCGAGCUCGCGAGCGCCGACGAAGGGUUGAAAGUGUCGCCGGCCGGAAGCCUCGCUUCAGCGGGGCCGCGGAUCAAGCGCCUUCCCCGGGGCCAGACUCGCCGACAUGCCGCGGAGGAAGCAGCAAGCGCCGCGGCGCGCCGCAGCAUACGUCCCCGAAGAUGAGAAGGAAGCGGCACUGCUGGAUGAGGAUGUGGAUGGAGAGGACUCCAUGCCGGAGGCAGAGGAACCCGCUCCUAAGUUCCUGUGCCGGGACGGGAAUGACGCAGCAGGCUCUGGACCCGACUCCCGUGACUCGCCCACCGCCGCCGACUUCUCGGGCCAGGAGAUGGACAGCGAGUCUCACCUGAGCGAAUCCAGCGACGGGAUGUCCGACUUUGAGAGUCCGCCACUCAAAACAGAGGAAGACAUUCUCCUUUUUAAAGACCCGGCCAAUGUUUUGUCACUGUCGACCACAGCCAUGACGGCCGCGGACAACGCUGCCACCCCGGGGAGCGGUGAUGAAGCUGUGCUUUCGGGCUCCAUAUUCUCCAGUUCCGGCUCUGUGGCUGACAGUCUGGAGAAGAUGAAGGCCAUCUACACCUCUUUCUUGACCAAUUCUUACUGGUCCACCCUGAACCUAAACCUGACUCAGCCACCCCAGGAAAAGCCCCCCCGUAGUCACAGUAGCAGCAGUAGCAGCAGCAGUAGCAGCAGCUGCGGUAGCGCCGGAUACGAUUGGCACCAGACAGCCAUCGCCAAAACCCUCCAGCAGUCCUCGCAGAACCACCAGAACCGAGUUGCCCUGGCCCAGCACCCUGCGGCGACCGUGCCGGCACCAACCGCCGAGCCGAGCCUCUUCAGCACCGUGCAGCUCUACCGCCAGAGUUCCAAACUCUACGGCUCUAUCUUCACCGGUGCGAGCAAGUUCCGUUGCAAAGACUGCAGUGCAGCGUACGACACCCUGGUGGAGCUCACGGUUCACAUGAAUGAGACCGGACACUACCGGGACGACAACCACGAGGUGGACAGUGAGGGCACCAAGCGCUGGUCCAAACCAAGAAAGCGCUCCUUGUUGGAGAUGGAAGGCAAGGAGGACGCGCAGAAGGUUCUGAAGUGCAUGUACUGUGGUCACUCCUUUGAGUCCCUCCAGGAUUUAAGCGUCCACAUGAUUAAGACCAAACACUACCAAAAAGUGCCUCUGAAGGAGCCCGUGACUCCGGUGGCGCCUAAGAUCAUCUCGGCCCGAAAGAGAGCCCCCGUGGAGCUGGACAUCCCAAGCUCACCGGACUCUAACGGAGGGGCAACGCCAAAACCGGCCUGCCUGUCCGAUGCCAACGAGCUUCUCCAGAGGACUGCCCACCCGUACAUCACGCCCAACAACCGUUAUGGCCACCAGAACGGCGCCAGCUACGCCUGGCAGUUUGAGUCGCGGAAGUCACAAAUCCUCAAGUGCAUGGAGUGUGGCAGCUCGCACGACAGCCUGCAGGAGCUCACCGCCCAUAUGAUGGUGACCGGACACUUUAUCAAAGUUACCAACUCGGCAAUCAAGAGAGGCAAACCAAUUGUAGAGACGCCCAGCCCAGCACCGACGCCAACCGUAGAAGAGAAGGUCCAGUCGGUUCCUCUGGCUGCCACCACCUUCUCGCCACCACCCGCCCCAGUUCCUCCUCCCAUAAGCGUCUCACCCAACGGCAUGGCGCUGGAGAUCAAAAAGGAGGAGAAGGAGGAGGAAUGCACGAAAGAAUGCGUUGUUAACAAUAACUCCACCAAGAUGUCCGGAGUUGAAGAGGAAACCGAGGAGAAGUUUGACAUCUCGUCAAAGUACACGUAUCUGACUGAGGAAGAUCUGGACGCAAGUCCCAAAGGAGGUCUGGACAUCCUCAAGUCUUUGGAGAACACGGUGACCUCCGCCAUCAACAAAGCCCAAAAUGGAGCUCCGAGCUGGGGAGGCUACCCCAGCAUCCACGCUGCCUACCAGCUCCCCAACAUAAUGAAGCUCUCCCUUGGGAACUCGGGAAAGAACUCUCCACUCAAGUACAUGUUCCCUGGGGCGGAGAUGGUGUCGCCCACUGGCAAAAACCAGACGCUGGCGUCUCCUUCCGGCUGCCAAACAUCGCCACUGUCCAAAAAUAACUUCCACGCCAUGGAGGAGCUUGUCAUGAAAGUGUCUGAGAAAGUGGCAAAAGUAGAGGAGAAGAUGAGGGAGCCGGGUGGCGUGACAAGGUCUUCCCCCAUGAGAACCACCCCGUCGCCAUCCCACAGCGAGGCAGAGGACUCCCACCGAGGAGAUUCCCCAAACGACGCCAAACCGGGAGGCUGUCCAACUCCCGAGAAAGUGACGAGUGCUCCGAACCGCAAGGAGAAAAACGGGGAGAGCGGUGUGAAGGAUCCCACGGAGAACGGCGUGGGGUCCGCUGCGGCUUCGCCUCACCCCGGGUCCCUCUGUGGCAGCACUGCCAUCAUCACUGACCACCCGCCCCCGGAGCAGCCCUUCGUCAACCCUCUAAGCGCCUUGCAGUCAGUCAUGAACGCCCAUCUGGGCAAGGCCGCCAAACCCGCACAGCCCUCCAUGGAUCCCAUGAGCAUGCUCUUCAAGAUGAGCAACAGCCUGGCCGAGAAGGCCGCGGUGGCGGCAUCCACACCGCCCGCCCAGGCAAAGAAGUCCGUCAGCGGCCACCUGGAUCGCUACUUCUACCAGCCGAACCUCAGCGGCAACGAGCAACCGAUGGAUCUCACCAAAGGCAAGCAUGCUGACAAAAGCGCAUCGCCCUCCCCAACGGCGGCCAUGACCAAAGCCUCUGCGGCCGUAGCCUCCUUCAUGUCCUCGUCCCCCAUGAAAGAGAACGCCCUGUCUGACAUCUCUGACAUGCUGAGGAACCUGACAGAGAGCCAGGCCCUCUCGAAGGCCUCCACACCCACCAGCUUGUCAGAGCGCUCCGAAUUGGAGGGAGCCACACAGGAGGAAGCGGAGGAGGUGUCGCCCGCCCAGAAGCGCAAAGGCCGCCAGUCCAACUGGAACCCGCAACACCUCCUCAUCCUGCAGGCCCAGUUCGCCUCCAGCCUGAAGCAAACCACGGACGGAAAGUACAUGAUGUCCGACCUGAGCCCGCAGGAGAGGAUGCACAUCUCGCGCUUCACCGGUCUCUCCAUGACCACCAUCUCCCACUGGCUGGCCAAUGUCAAGUACCAGCUGCGCCGCACCGGCGGCACCAAGUUCCUGAAGAAUCUGGACUCGGGCCACCCGGUGUUCUUCUGCAGCGACUGCGCUUCGCAAAUCCGCUCGCCGUCAACCUACGUCAGCCACCUGGAGGCACACCUCGGCUUCCGGCUGCGCGACCUGGCCAAGCUCUCCGGGGAGCAGCUCCUGGGCCAGAUCUCGCAGCAACGCCUCCACCACAAAGGACUCUCCGACAAGCUCCUGGCCCACUUGCAUCCGUCCAGCCGCCCCUUGCCCUCGUCCCUGCCGUCUUUUCCCGUGGCCCUGCCCUCAUCCUUGCCCGCCCCUGAUUCGGCAGCUGCGUCUCCCAACAAUGACGAGGACGAGGGGGGCGGUGCGGCGGCGCACCAGUGCAAACUGUGCAACCGGACUUUUGCCAGCAAGCACGCCGUCAAACUGCACCUCAGCAAGACUCACGGGAAGUCCCCGGAGGACCAUCUCAUGUACGUUUGUGAGCUGGACAAGCAGUAGUGCGGAUUACGUGACUUUACCC